CAGCCCUCCUCCAUAAUGAACGAGUGUCACUAUGAUAAACGUAUGGACUUUUUCUAUAACAUGAGCAAUACUGACACUGCAGAUGAGUGGACAGGAACCAAACUUGUGAUCGUUCUCUGCUUUGGGACAUUCUUUUGCCUAUUUAUCUUUGUUUCCAAUUCUCUGGUCAUCGCAGCUGUGAUCAAGAACAGAAAGUUUCAUUUCCCCUUCUACUACCUGCUGGCUAACCUCGCUGCUGCAGACUUCUUUGCUGGAAUCGCUUAUGUGUUCCUCAUGUUCAACACUGGCCCCGUCUCCAAAACAUUGACUGUCAACCGUUGGUUUCUGCGCCAGGGGCUCCUGGACACUAGCUUGACGGCCUCUCUCACAAAUCUACUGGUCAUCGCUGUGGAGAGGCACAUGUCCAUCAUGAGGAUGAGAGUCCAUAGCAAUUUGACCAAGAAGAGGGUGACCCUGUUGAUCUUGCUCAUCUGGGCAAUUGCAAUAUUCAUGGGGGCAGUCCCCACGCUUGGCUGGAACUGCCUAUGUGACAUCUCUACUUGCUCCUCUCUGGCACCCAUUUAUAGCAGGAGCUACCUUAUAUUUUGGACUGUUUCCAACCUGGUGGCCUUCUUGAUCAUGGUGGUGGUGUACCUGAGAAUCUACAUGUAUGUGAAGAGGAAAACCAAUGUCUUGUCUCCACACACGAGUGGGUCCAUCAGUCGCCGAAGGACACCGAUGAAGCUCAUGAAGACAGUCAUGACUGUCUUAGGAGCUUUUGUUGUAUGCUGGACCCCUGGGCUAGUAGUCUUGCUCCUGGAUGGCCUUAACUGUACUCACUGUGGCGUGCAGCAUGUCAAAAGGUGGUUCUUGCUGCUGGCCCUGCUCAACUCCGUCAUGAACCCCAUCAUUUACUCCUACAAAGACGAAGAGAUGUAUAGCACCAUGAGACGGAUGAUCUGCUGUUGUUCUCACGGUGAAAACCCAGAGAGGCGAGCUUCCAGGCUCCCGUCCACCGUCCUGAGCAGAAGCAACGACACCUCGACAAGCCAGUACAUAGAAGAUAGUAUUAGCCAAGGGACCAUCUCUAACAAAGGGCACUCCUGA